AGAACGAAAAUAAUAUCUGAAUUGUUAAUAUCUGUUUCAAAAGCUGAGAGGCAAGAGGCACGAAUGAAAGUGCGACAGGAAUCUUUGAGACUGGGCAACGUGGGAGUAAUCAGAGCUGGAACCAUUAUUUCUGAGGCCUGGGAAGAUGGGCAAGCACUAAAGGACCUCAAUGCUCAGCUUAGAAACUUAUUAGAAACUAAAGAAGCUAUUGAACGGCAGCGUAAAUUGCUCAAGAAACGACAACCAGAUAAAAGUGAUGGAGGAGAUGUGGAGGGAGGUUUGCAGGAAGAAGAUUCUCUCAUUCAGGAUGAGAUCUACAAAUCUCGUUUAGCCAGCAUCAAACGUGAGGAAGAUGUGAUAAUGCGUGAGAGGGACCGAUAUGAACUAGAGAAAGGAAGGCUAAUUCGUGAAAUGAAACGCAUACGUGAUGAAGAUGGUUCUCAUUUUAACAAUUUUCAGAUUUUGAACCACCGAUAUGCCCUCUUAAACCUUCUUGGAAAAGGAGGAUUUAGUGAGGUGUACAAGGCUUUCGACUUGGUAGACCAUAGAUAUGUUGCAUGUAAGCUACAUGGACUAAACGCUCAGUGGAGUGAAGAGAAGAAGCAAAGUUAUAUACGGCAUGCAAUCAGGGAGUACAACAUCCACAAGACUUUGGUGCACCAUCACAUUGUGCGGCUUUGGGACAUUUUUGAGAUAGACCAAAACACCUUUUGCACUAUCUUGGAGUACUGUAGUGGAAAGGACCUUGAUGCAGUUCUCAAAGCAACACCUGUGUUGCCAGAAAGAGAAGCAAGAAUCAUCAUUGUGCAGAUUUUUCAAGGCCUUGUCUACUUGAAUAAGAAGUCACAGAAGAUCAUCCAUUAUGAUUUGAAGCCAGGCAAUGUUUUAUUUGAUGAGUUUGGCAUUGCUAAGGUCACUGAUUUUGGCCUUAGCAAGAUAGUGGAGGAUGAUGUUGGAUCCCAGGGGAUGGAGCUAACAUCCCAGGGAGCUGGAACGUACUGGUAUCUACCUCCUGAAUGCUUUGAGCUAAGCAAGACACCUCUUAUAUCCUCAAAGGUUGAUGUCUGGUCAGCUGGUAUUUUGUUGUACCAAAUGCUGUUUGGCAAACGUCCCUUUGGGCAUGACCAGUCACAAGAAAGAAUACUAAGGGAGGACACAAUUAUUAAAGCAAGAAAGGUUGAAUUCCCUACACGACCAGCUGUCUCUAAUGAGGCAAAGGAGUUCAUUCGUCGUUGUUUAACAUAUAAUCAAGCAGAUAGGCCAGAUGUUUUAAGUAUUGCUCAAGACCCUUACUUGACAUACUCAAAGAAAUGAUAGGAGGAUGUUAAUCCCAACUACUUGGACAGAGGGUAUUGGGACGAGGAUUGGUGCUCAAAGGAAUUUUGUAUAGUUGUAAAGCCAUGUAAUUUUUUGUCCCUGUACCUUCGACUAGAGUGGGGCGGCUCAAGGGGAGCUUUGCUUUAGGCCCCAAAAUUUUGGGGGCAUUUGCAUCUAUACCCAGUUUUUGGGUUAACUUUUAACUUAUAUCCGCAUUGCAAAAAAAAUUGCAAGCAUACCUACUUUUCGGGUAACUUCAGACAUUCGGGUCUGAAGUAGCAAAAAUUUAUGUCUGAAGUUUGAACUUCAGAAUGUUUUGCCUGAAGUGUAGUAAAACUUCAGAUAUUUUUGCCUGAAGUUUGGCCUGACUUGCAAAGUCAAUCACGCAAACUUCAGUUCAUAGUGCAAUGGCAAACUUCAGCUCAAUAAAAUUACAGCAUGUUUUGGCUGAAGUUUUUGUUUUGUAAUUGUUGAACUUCAGCAUUUUAGGAACUGAAGUUUGUUUUGUAAUUGCUGAACUUUAGCAUUCUAGGGGUGAAGUUUGUUUUGUAUUUGCUGAACUUCAGCAUUCUAGGAGUUGAAAUUUUUGUUUAUAUUUGCUGAACUUCAGCAUUCUUAGAGCUGAAGUUCUAAGU